GGAACAGUGAGCUCCAUCUACAGUGAGUCUCUCAGUCUCCACAGACCUCCUCCUGUAACACUGGCUAAAACGUAAGCCGUCAUGUCCACCAGAGCUGUGAAGAGCACUAGCUACUCUGUGAGGCCCUCCUCUGCAGGCAUGGGCUCCCCUCAGAACUUCAGCAGCAGCUCCUACUCUGGUGGGUAUGGUGGUGCCAGACAGAGCUACAGCGUCCGCAGCUCCUACGCCGGGGGCGUUGCAGCAGGUGGUUAUAGGGUAGUUGUGGCUGGGGGGUCCGUGCAAAGAUGGGGUGUGAUGGAGUUUGGGUAUGCGGGCAUGGGUGUUGACGGUGGUAUGGGUGUUGGCGGUGGUAUGGGUGUUGGCGGUGGUAUGGGUGUUGGCGGUGGUAUGGGUAUGGGUGGUGGUAUGGGAGGUGGGAAGAUGACCUGUACGGGACCCCCUCAAAUCACAGCUGUUCAGGUCAACCAGAGCCUGCUGGCACCACUGAACCUGGCGAUCGACCCCAACAUCCAGGUUGUCCGCACCCAGGAGAAGGAGCAGAUCAAGACGCUCAACAACCGCUUUGCCUCCUUCAUCGAUAAGGUGCGUUUCUUGGAGCAGCAGAACAAGAUGCUGGAGACCAAGUGGAGCCUCCUGCAGGACCAGACUACCACCCGCUCCAACAUCGACGCCAUGUUCGAGGCCUACAUCUCCAACCUGCGCAGACAGCUGGACGGCCUGGGCAACGAGAAGAUGAAGCUGGAGGGGGAGCUGAAGAACAUGCAGGGUCUGGUUGAGAACUUCAAAACCAAGUAUGAGGAUGAGAUCAACAAGCGUAACGAGUCUGAAAACAGUUUUGUUCUCCUGAAGAAGGAUACAGAUUCUGCAUACAUGACCAAGAUGGAGCUGGAGGCCAAGCUGGACUGUCUCACUGAUGAGAUUGAGUUCCUCAGGAGUAUCUAUGAUAUGGAGCUGCGUGAGCUGCAGGGCCAGAUCAAGGACACCUCUGUGGUGGUAGAGAUGGACAACAGCCGUAACCUGGACAUGGACUCCAUUGUCGCUGAAGUGCGUGCCCAGUACGAGGACAUCGCCAACCGCAGCAGAGCUGAGGCCGAGACCUGGUACACACAGAAAUAUGAACAGAUGCAGUUGUCAGCCAGAAAGUAUGGGGACGGCCUGAAAAACACUAAGGCAGAGAUUGCAGAUAUGAACCGUAAAAUCAUGAGAUAUCAGUCUGAAAUUGACAUGAUGAAGGGUCAGCGCACCCACCUGGAGAACCAGAUUGCUAAGGCAGAGGAGCACGGUGAGCUGGCGGUGAAGGACGCCAGGCUUCGCAUCAACGAUCUCGAGGUGGCUCUGCAGAGAGCCAAACAGGACAUGACCAUGCAAGUCCGCCAGUACCAGGAGCUGAUGAAUAUCAAGCUGGCCCUGGACAUUGAGAUCGCCACUUACAGGAAGCUGCUGGAGGGAGAGGAGAGCAGGCUGGUGACUGGAAUCAAGUCGGUCAGCAUCUCCAAACAGUCUUCUUCAAUGAACUACAACUCUUACCCCCUGGAGAGCAGUCGCACCACUAGCUACGUCCGGGGCUCAAUGGGCGGAUACAAGAGCAGCAGCACUUACAUCAGUGGCCAUGAGAACAGCCAUGUAGGCCCCAGUUUUGACCUGCCUGGCUGUAUCAUCCUGGGAGCCACCUACGGUAUCCAGGUCUCUACCAGCAGAGACGUGGAUGCCAGCAUCAGCCUGGGAGGCAGCAACGGCACCAGCAGAGUGGAUUCCAGCAUCACCCUGGGAGGCAGCAAAGGCACCAGCAAAGACAUGGAUUCCACUGUCACCCGAGGAGAUGAAUGAGGAGACUUCGUCAUCACAGGCGACCAUGGAAUUUGUUUAUUCUUUCUGUGACAGAUUUGUGCUUCCACAACCUACUUUUCAGCCUUCCACUCACAUUCAUUUGACUUUUCUAGCCAGGUUAGUACAUAAUUUGCCUGCCAAACAGUGACCUAUCAAACAGGCUAAUUGGAAUCACAGGCAGUCUAACUGUAAGUAAAUUUUCCUACCCACAAAUGGUCUAGUUUAAAGUGGUAAAUAUGAAGGGUUAUGUAUUCCUGAAAGGCCCCUGAAAGUCGACCCCUUAUGUCUAUUUGGCCUACUUGUGUGGUCUCGUUCACUGUCGAUGGAUGCUAUCCAUCUCAUUUGUCUGUCCACACCUGAGUCACCAGCAGGUGUCAUUGUAACAGAUGUUUUUCUCUCUGCUUGCUCAGAGACCAUUAAAGCACUAGGAGAACAAACAACCUCUCAAUGUGUAUGUGAUGUGUGACACAUUUCUUCCAUUGAGUCAUUUGAUGAGAGGAUGCUGUUAUCCUUAUGCCAAACCCAACCAAAAGGGAAAUGUAUGAAAUGUGUACAUGCAGGGCCGGCUCCAGGCAUAACCGACAUAAGCGGUGACUUUGUCCCCCCAAAAAAGGAACUCACUAUUUAGAGUAAGAACAGUACACAAGAUGUGAUUUUGAAAUUUGGUUGUGCAUCAACAGUUUUUCUCUUGUUAUGUCAGUCACUCAGUUAGCUGACAAUUUGCCAUGUUAAUUUUUGGAUUGGUAGUUAGUCUAGCCAGCUAUACUUGUAGUAAUCAUGGCCAAAUACCGAUCGGGCACGCAGUAUUAGUCAUUCUCACUCAGAUAUCAUAUUAACAUGGCAUAAGUAAUGGCAAAAUGUGUAGAAUUGUAGGAAAUUUUCUUUCAAACUCAAAGAUGUAUCUCUCUGCCCCAUGGCAAAAUGAGUAGAAUUGCAAUACAUUUGUUAUAAAAUUGCUAAAUGUUCUCUCCGCCCCACGGCAAAAUAUGUAUAAUUGUAGUAAAUAAACAUUAAAACAUAGAUUUUUCUCUCUGCCAUCAAGAGUGGGGCCACUAAAAUGUUUUGCCACGAGGAGGGGGGCCCUUGGACACACUAGAGCCAUUGUUAGACGUUUACACGUCACAAUAACAGCACUUACAGUUAACAUGGGCAGCUCUGCCAGGGCAGAAAUUUGACAAACUGACUUGUUGGAAAGUUGGAAAGAUGGCAUCCUAUAAUGAAGAU